AUGCACAGCAGAGAUUUAAGACGAAAUUACGGUGGUAAUUAUAAUAAUUAUGGAAAUAAUAAACGUGGUGGUCCUGUACGUAAUCAUGUAAUACCAAGUGAACCUCCAUUUACAGCUUAUAUUGGUAAUGCACCAGAUACAAUGGUACAAGGUGAUUUUGAACAUUAUUUAUUUGUUGGUCUUAAAGUAAAACAAGUUCGAUUAAUACGUGAUCGACAAACCGAUCGAUUUCGAGGCUUUGCUUAUGUUGAUUUUGAGGAUGCGGAUUCGUUACGUAGUGCCAUCGCAUUGGAUGGAACGUGUAUUAAUGAUCAACCUAUUCGAAUUGAUGUUGCAACUCGAACACUUGGUGAAACAAAAUCAGAAGGAUUUCGAAAUAAAUCUGGUUUUGGAUCACGCAAUGGUCCUCGUCAACAAUCAUCAGGCCAUAAUAAUAAUAAUAAUCGAUCCGGUGGUGGAUUUUCUCAUGAUGGACAAGGUAAUAACGAUCAACAAAAAAUUACUCAAGAUAUUAAUGAUGGUUACAAUGAAAAUGGAUAUAAUGAUGAUUAUUAUAAUCAAGAUAAUUCAAAAGCACAAAAAAAUUUACAUCAAAUUAAUGAACGACAAUCUCAAGCAGAUAAAGAACAAACACCACCAACAUCACGUAAAGUAUCUGAUGAUGUUUUUAUUACAUCAGAUGAUAAUGAAAAUCAUGAACAUAUUAAUAUAACAACCAUGACAAGACAACAAACACGAAAUUGGGCUGAUUGUCCUAUGGAUGACUCUGUUGUUGAAACAUCAUCAUCAUCACCAUCAAAUCUUAAGAAUACUUUAACUAAUGAUGAUGUUGAUGAUAUUCAAUUUGUUUGUGAUAAAACUUCAAAAUUGCAUACGUCUUCGCGUUUAAUGGGUAAUCAAUCAAUGCGUGGACGUAAUUCUCGUGGAUUACCAUCAUCACAAAUAUCAAAUGACGAUCGUCUAUAUUAUGAUCAAAUGCCAUCAUCAUAUUCAAAUCAAUCUCAACAAUAUUAUCAUCCUCAGAAUUCUCAAGUACCAUCAUCAUCUCUUCAUAUGGGUUUAUCAUAUCAUCAGAAUCGAAAUCAAAUAUCAUUAGGAUCUCGACAAAAAACAAAUUCCAAUAAUCGAAAUUAUCAAGAUGAACAAUCCUAUAGAGGAGAUGGAAAACGUUUAACAUCAACAACUAAUAAUAAUAGUUUACCUGAUACGAAUAUGAAUACAAUAUCAUCUGGUAUUAUUAAAAAGACAAUAGAUUAUUUUGAGUCAUUUAUUUAUUUAUUUAUUUCGUUUAAUAUAGAAAAUCGACCACGUUUACAAUUAUUACCUCGUUCACAAAAAGUGUCACCAUCAGUAGAUGAGAAACCAUCAGUCGAACCAGCAGCACGAAACAUCAAUAUAUUUGGAUUAGGUAAGCCACGUGAUGAACAUGAUCCAAAAUUGGCUGAAUUAAAUAAACAUAUUGAAGAAAUAGUUGAAAAAGAACAAUUUCUUCCUCGUACGAUAUCGACAACAUCAAAUGAAUCGACAAAUAAUGUUAUCAAGUAUGUUUAUUAA